UGAGUUUUCUACACGAUUCAAUCUUGUGCGUGCCGGCUGCAUUGUUCCUCAGAUUCCUGUAGGCGCUCUUCUCGCCUUGCGGUCUUUCCGGGUCGCAGCCUAAUGCACUCAGGGAGGACCAGCCUGCCUUACCACUGAGACUCUCAGACCGAGAGAGAAAGACAAACUUCAUAUUUCCAGAUUGCUGUGCUCUCGGUGUACACCUUGACAGCCUCCUUAUCUGCUCUGUUUGCCUGUAGAUUUCGCAUCCGUCGCCAACAGAGAACAAGAGAUUUGGCAAUCAAGGACUGGAGGGAAGAUAUAUGUUGAAUGCUGUUGAUGCAGGAUAAAGUUUUCUGUCAGAGUGGAAGAGGAGAAGGAAUUGACUGGAUAGUUUUGGAUAAAGUUUUUUGAAGUCCCCUUUGGUGUUUUUUGAAGUCCCCUUUGGUGUCUGGGAUGAACAUGGGUACAUUGCGCGACCUCCAGUAUGCGCUUCAGGAGAAGAUUGAGGAGUUGCGGCAGAGGGACACGCUCAUUGACGAAUUAGAACUGGAGCUUGACCAGAAAGAUGAGCUGAUACAAAAACUACAGAACGAGCUAGAUAAAUACCGGUCUGUUAUUAAACCCGCCACCCAACAGGUUGUGAAACAGACAGAGCUGCAUGACCAGCAGCGGACCAAGAGACAGGCGAUAUCUGCAGAACCCACUGCCUUCGACAUCCAGGAUCUCAGCCAUGUCACGCUGCCCUUCUACCCCAAAAGCCCACAGUCCAAAGACCUGAUCAAGGAUGCCAUCUUGGACAAUGACUUCAUGAAGAACCUAGAGCUGUCUCAGAUCCAGGAGAUCGUUGACUGCAUACCUGUGGAGUAUGGCAAGACAGCUGCAUCAUCAGGAGGCGACGUGGGCUCACUGGUCUAUGUACUCCAUUAUGGUAGAGUGGAGGUGACUAAGGAGAGCAUGAAGCUAUGCACAAUGGGACCUGGAAAGGUGUUUGGAGAGCUCGCCAUCCUCUACAACUGUACCCGGACCGCAACUGUCAAGACUCUCACCAAUGUGAAGUUAUGGGCCAUAGACCGACAAUGCUUUCAGACUAUUAUGAUGCGGACAGGCCUGAUCAAACAAACAGAAUAUAUGGAGUUUUUAAAAAGUGUUCCAACAUUCCACGACCUUCCAGAGGAGAUUCUAAGCAAGCUAGCAGAUGUCCUUGAGGAGACACACUAUGAAGAUGGAGAGUACAUUGUGAGACAGGGAGCCACCGGAGACACCUUCUUCAUCAUCAGUAAGGGAAUGGUGAAUGUGACCAGGGAAGACAAACCCAAUGGGGAUCCUGUUUACCUUCGCAGUAUGGGAAAGGGAGACUGGUUUGGAGAGAAGGCACUGCAGGGGGAGGACAUCCGGACAGCAAAUGUCAUUGCUGCAGAAACGGUUACAUGUCUGGUCAUUGACAGAGACUCAUUCAAGCACCUGAUUGGAGGGUUAGAAGAGGUGUCCAAUAAAGGCUGUGAAGAUGCUGAGGCCAAUGCUAGGUACGAAGCAGAGAGCGCUUUCUUCUUCAACCUCAACCUCACUGACUUCAACAUAAUCGACACGCUGGGGGUUGGUGGCUUCGGCCGCGUAGAGCUGGUCCAACUGAAGAGUGAUGAGGCCAAGACCUUUGCCAUGAAAAUCCUAAAGAAGCGUCACAUUAUUGACACGCGGCAGCAGGAGCACAUCCGCUCUGAGAAACUCAUUAUGCAGGAGGCCCACUCUGACUUCAUUGUCAGACUGUACAGAACAUUUAAGGACAGUAAGUACCUCUACAUGCUGAUGGAGGCUUGUCUGGGAGGAGAGCUGUGGACCAUUCUUCGAGACCGGGGUUCAUUUGAGGACUCCACCACCAGGUUCUACACAGCGUGUGUGGUAGAAGCAUUCGCCUACCUGCAUUCCAAAGGGAUCAUCUACAGAGACCUCAAACCAGAGAACCUUAUACUGGACCACAGGGGCUACGCUAAGCUAGUGGACUUUGGAUUUGCCAAGAAGAUAGGGUUUGGGAAGAAGACAUGGACGUUCUGUGGUACACCCGAAUAUGUGGCUCCAGAAAUUAUUCUGAACAAAGGCCAUGACAUCUCAGCGGACUACUGGUCCCUAGGAAUCCUCAUGUUUGAGCUCCUCACUGGCAGCCCUCCUUUCUCUGGGCCUGACCCCAUGAAGACCUAUAACAUUAUCUUAAGGGGCAUUGAUAUGAUCGAAUUUCCAAAGAAAAUUACCAAAAAUGCUGCCAACUUAAUAAAAAAACUAUGCAGGGACAAUCCUUCGGAACGACUGGGUAACUUGAAAAACGGUGUCAAAGACAUCCAAAAGCACAAAUGGUUUGAGGGCUUUAAUGGGGAAGGUCUGCGGAAGGGAACACUAACACCCCCCAUCAUCCCUAAUGUGACAUCUUCAACAGACACAAGUAACUUUGACAGCUUCCCAGAGGACAGUGAAGACCCUCCCCCAGAUGACAACUCUGGCUGGGACAACGAUUUUUAAACAUAUUUUCAUUUCCGUUGUGUUACUGGCCUAGUGCCCUACUUCAGGAUAUAGCUACAUUCUAAAGACUGCAAUUAAGAGGAGAGGACGAGGAAGAAGAGGACCACAACUGCUUUCGGUCACCGAUAUGCCUUCGCUACAUGCGGCUCUGGGACUAGCAUUUAAUUACCACUGCACUUCUUCAGUGUUCUCACUCACGUGCACACGCAAGCGCACAUGUGCACACACAUUUUAACAUACACAUGUGAAAAGAUUUUUCUAAAUCCACAAUCCUCAAAGUGAAAUGAAAAUGGGAUUCAGACAUUACAAAGGUUGUUCUGUGCAUCGACAGUCAAACAUACAAAUAAGCGCCUUUGUCUCCUCACAACAUGUACAUGCAAGGAAACAUGCAAACGCAGAAACACAUGCAAGCAAAUACAUGUGCAAGCAAAUGAACACACACACACACACACCUGGAGCUAAAGCAAUGCCUAUUCAUUUAGCAGAGAGAAUGUGUGAGAAUGAGAGUGUAUGUACUAUAUAUCAGGAUAUAUAGAACACUCCAAACAAUAAAAUUGUUGAAUAUUUAGGAUGGGUGAUUACUGUUCUGUUGCUGUCACACACCUGCACGGCUCUUCAAAGGUUGGUCACAGAGACAGUCUGGGUCUGUGUUUGGAAGGCUUCCCAUUUGCACCCUGUUUUCUUUGAAUAAAAAUGAUGAAUGUGA